UAUUUCUGGACAAAACACACAAAUUAUAUUUUAUUUGUGUACCUUUGUUGUUUUUGAACUUUGACAUAACAAGUGAAAAUCCAAAUCGUAUAAUCAUAUUUAAUUUCGUCGUGAUUGUGUGCCAAAGUUUAACGUGCUCCGCUUUUCGAAUUGUGCAGUUUUAAUUAAUUGAACAAAUUAUGGAUCCGAGACGUGGUAAUGCGCCAGCAACACGCCAAGCUGGCUCCAAGACGAGCGUCAUUUCACGCCAUGGAGCAGGCGGCACCGGCAACAUUGCCCGCAAAAGCGAGGUCAGCCUAACGCCCAGCCAAGCCAGGCAGCAUGCAGAUAAUCCGCUCAAGAGUCCAUUGGAUGCACUCAGUCGCGUUAAUCAUCGCCAGGAUCCCUUUCAGCGGCGCUCUGGCCUGCAGGAUGUGGAUGAAUCCUUUCUGGCCAUGAACACCUUUAUGCGUCCCUCACGACUCCGAAACUCGGGUCUUGAUGGCAACCUGGCUGUGCCGAGCAAUCCAGUACCAGCAACGCCAACGGGCGCUGCUGUUGCGCCAAUGCGCUCCACCUCUGGCCAGGAGGCGCCAGCACAGCCGCAACAGCAACAGCAGCAGCUGCCACAGGUAAACAUGGCGGCGGUUCAGCAGCAACAACCGCCGCCAGCAGUUGCACAACAACAGCAACAACAGCCGUUGGUGCCAGCAACUGUUGAGCCCACUCAACAACAACUGACACCGCAGCAGCAGUACGCGCAGCAGCCGGCUGCUGGACAGCCCACACGCCAUGAGCCCUACCAAAGUCGACGCGCUCAUUUGCAACAUCAGCCGCAACAGCAGCAGACCAGCUAUGCUCAGCAGAAUGCACAAGUUCAGGCUCAAGCUCAAGGUCAGGCUCAGGGACAGGCACAGUUGCAACAACAGCACCAGCAACAACAACAACAGCAGCAACAGCAACAACAACAGCAACAACAACUGCAACAGCAACAGCCGCAACAACAAAUGCAACAGCAACAGCCGCAACAUCAACAACCACCACCACCGGCACAGAUGUCGCCGCGCAAAUAUCAACAACAGGGCGGCUACUCUUCGCAGAUGGUGCCACCAGCUGCUGAAAUGUGCACCACUUGCCCCAAUUGCCAGACGACGAUUUAUUUGGUGCGCACUCCCGAGCAGGGACAUGGCGAUGGCGGUUUGCCCAUACAAUAAGCCACAAUCCCUUGAAGCGAUCCUCAUGCAAAAAUUCGAAACGUUUUACAAUGAAAUUAUAGUAUUCUGACAACGAAAACAGUUAUUGCAACAACAAGAUCUUGCCACUACAAAAGAUAAAGGAUAAUCUCGACUCAGCUAUCGUGCUUUGAAUCGAAAUUUGAGCAUAAAAACUGUUUUUUUGUUCA